CGUCUUGCUUCGUGAGGCGGCGCCGCCUCGCCCGCCCGCCACCGGCGCCCUCUGAGGGGAGGGGGGGGGGGAGGAAGGCCGACCGAGCGGCGGCGACGAAAGAGGGGCCGUGAUACUCCCGGAUGGCGGUCCGCGUCGCCGGCGGCUGAUCCCGCCUCUCCUGCUCUCCGUCCCGGGGGGUGCCUCUGAGGGGGGAAGCGAUGUCGAACGCGGGGACGCGCAGAAGCGGCUCCAGUAUCAAAGUCCGCCUCACAGUACUUUGUGCCAAGAAUCUUGCAAAAAAAGAUUUCUUCAGGCUUCCUGACCCAUUUGCAAAGGUGGUAGUGGAUGGAUCUGGUCAGUGUCACUCAACCGACACUGUGAAGAACACAUUAGAUCCCAAAUGGAACCAGCAUUAUGACUUAUACGUUGGGAAGUCAGAUUCGAUCACCAUCAGUGUCUGGAACCACAAGAAAAUACACAAGAAACAGGGAGCUGGCUUCCUGGGGUGUGUCCGUCUCCUUUCCAAUGCUAUCAGCAGGCUGAAAGAUACUGGAUUUAAUCUGUUUUUUAAUUGUUCACUUUCAGACCAGCGUUUGGAUCUAUGCAAACUAAACCCCACAGAUACUGAUGCUGUUCGAGGCCAGAUAGUAGUCAGCUUACAGACGCGGGACAGGAUAGGCACAGGAGGAUCUGUUGUAGAUUGCAGGGGGCUGCUGGAGAAUGAAGGAACGGUUUAUGAAGACUCGGGACCUGGAAGGCCGCUGAGCUGCUACAUGGAGGAGCCAGCACCGUACACGGAUAGUACUGGGGCUGCUGGUGGAGGGAACUGUCGAUUCGUGGAGUCCCCCAGUCAGGACCAGACAUUGCAGGCACAGCGGUUGCGGGCUCCUGAUGUGAGAGGCCAUGUACAGACACCCCAGAACAGGCCGCACGGUCAUCAGUCACCAUCCCCUGACCUGCCUGAAGGCUAUGAACAAAGAACAACUGUACAGGGACAAGUUUAUUUUUUGCAUACUCAAACUGGUGUUAGCACGUGGCAUGACCCCAGGAUACCAAGAGACCUUAACAGUGUGAAUUGUGAUGAACUUGGACCUCUGCCGCCAGGUUGGGAAGUUAGAAGUACAGUGUCUGGAAGAAUAUAUUUUGUAGAUCACAAUAACAGAACCACUCAGUUCACGGACCCAAGAUUGCAUCACAUUAUGAACCACCAGUGCCAACUGAAAGAACCCAAUCAGUCUUUGACAGUGCAGAAUGAGGGCUCAUUGGAAGACAGCGAGGAGUUGCCUGCGCAGAGAUAUGAGCGAGACUUGGUGCAGAAACUUAAGAUUCUUCGGCAUGAGCUCUCCCUUCAGCAGCCCCAAGCUGGUCAUUGCCGCAUUGAAGUAUCAAGGGAAGAAAUAUUUGAGGAGUCAUACCGUCAGAUAAUGAAGAUGAGGCCAAAAGAUCUGAAGAAGAGACUGAUGGUGAAGUUUCGAGGCGAAGAAGGCUUGGAUUAUGGUGGAGUGGCCAGGGAGUGGCUGUACCUGCUGUGCCAUGAAAUGUUGAACCCCUAUUAUGGUCUCUUCCAGUACUCCACUGAUAACAUCUACAUGCUGCAAAUAAAUCCAGACUCUUCUAUCAAUCCCGAUCAUCUGUCUUACUUCCACUUUGUUGGUCGGAUAAUGGGUCUGGCUGUGUUCCAUGGGCACUACAUCAACGGGGGCUUCACAGUUCCUUUCUACAAACAGCUGCUGGGCAAACCCAUCCAGUUAUCUGACCUGGAAUCUGUUGAUCCAGAACUACACAAGAGCCUUGUUUGGAUUUUAGAAAACGAUAUCACUCCAGUUCUGGACCACACUUUCUGCGUGGAGCACAAUGCUUUUGGCAGGAUCCUACAGCACGAGCUUAAACCAAAUGGCAGAAACAUUCCCGUCACAGAGGAGAACAAGAAGGAAUAUGUCAGGCUGUAUGUUAAUUGGCGGUUCAUGAGAGGAAUUGAAGCACAGUUCCUGGCUCUCCAGAAAGGUUUUAACGAGCUUAUUCCUCAGCACCUACUGAAGCCUUUUGACCAGAAAGAGCUUGAGCUCAUAAUAGGAGGCCUGGAUAAGAUUGAUUUGAAUGACUGGAAGUCCAACACACGCCUAAAGCACUGUAUGGCAGACAGCAGUAUUGUCAAGUGGUUCUGGCAAGCAGUGGAAGCCUUCGACGAAGAGAGAAGGGCAAGGCUGCUGCAGUUUGUGACGGGUUCCACGCGGGUUCCGCUUCAGGGCUUCAAAGCUUUGCAAGGUUCUACAGGCGCUGCAGGACCCAGACUCUUCACUAUCCACUUGAUAGAUGCAAAUACAGACAACCUUCCAAAAGCUCAUACUUGCUUUAACCGAAUUGACAUUCCGCCUUAUGAGUCCUACGAGAAGCUUUAUGAAAAGUUACUGACUGCUGUGGAAGAGACAUGUGGGUUUGCAGUGGAGUGAAUGGGCAACCAAAGGAAACAGAUGCUAGCUCAUGGACCACCAAACCAAAAGCUGUAAGAAGAAGCUUGCUGUGAACUUCUGUUGUCCAAAGCAUUGGGACGCUAGAAGAACUUGGGGGGGGGAGAUGAGGCCAUCUUCCCCGCUGCAGUGAUGUUGGGGCUUUUGUUGGUGGUUCCCAACCAUACUUUCCUCUCCUUUGUUACAAUAAUUCCUUUCUCCUCUUCUCACUCCCACAAAACAAAAGACAGCCAGGGAUCAGGAUUCUGGUUUUGGUUACCCAAGAUAUUCUGCUAGACUUGUAACACAUAUUGUGAUAAGGUCAGUGACCUGUGGUCUUUCUUUUUUAUAGGAGUAUCAAACUUGUAGUUGAGUAUCUUGAGAUUGGUUUGCUGAGGAGUUUCCACUGGUAUAUGUACCUGGAAGUUUUGUCUUAAGGCAGUCCCAAGUCCCUUGUAGAGUCCAGAAGACUGGCAGUGAAAUUUCAAAAUGCGCAUUUCAGAGUCCCAUAUCAGAAUGGUUAACAGAAUGCAGUUCUGUAGGCACAUGUAACUUAGGGCUGUUCCCUGACAGAAUACUCUCUGGGCAAGUGCAGUGGCUUGGCUUCUUAAGAAUAGACUGAUGAGUCCAAGCCUUCCUUGAAUGGAGUGGUAAGCUUCCCCCCACCCCCCCGCCCUUUCCAUUUUGGAUGCUUUGAACACAGCACUGGCUUGGUUCUGUGUUUUUGCUUCCCUAGCAUACAUUACAGAAUGCAGAGAGAAAAGGCCUGGGCAACAUGGUCCAACAGCCUGGAAAGUUUUCUUCUGUUACGGUUUUCUCAGAUGCUUUCUUUCACUUGCAAUUGUGGAAGUCUCUUGAGAGGAAGUAGCUAAAAACAAAUGAAACCAAGUUCUGUGUAGUUUGGAGACUAAUGCUGUGGUGUUGAGGGAGUCUGUUCAGACAAUAAAAGUCUUAACAUAAUGUAAAUCUACUGGAAAGAUUCAUCAUGGUUUUAGCCUACAGAGACUGAGCAACCAGGGUGCUGCUUUUAGUCUCUUGGUUUUAUUUUUUAAUAUUCAUAUUUCUGAAGUUAAACGCUCAAGACUGAUAUUAAGUUACUCCAUGUGACUUCCCAGAGUAGGAGAACCAAAGUAACCUGGUUAACAGUAUCAAACUUAAAACAAAAAAAGUUUGCAUGGCAUUGCAGUAUUCUUAACCAUUUCUUUGCAGAAAGGCCCAGUAAUCAUCAAAUGUGUCUUAGACUUGAUUUCAAAAUACUUUUUUUAAUUAAAAAAAGAAACACAAAGAUCCAUGUUAACAGAUGGUGUAUUGAACAAGUAGUGUGUUGGAUUUCAGCUGUGGGUCAGAUUUGUUCUCUGAUCUAUAAAAAUAUUUCUAUGGUCAUCUUUUUUUUUAAAUUUGAUAAUAGCUUUAAACUGUGAUAGGGCAAACUAAAGUUAGAUACUUGUCCGAAUGCUGAAUUUUUUCCUGUUUGUUCAGUUGACUGUAACUUUUGUGAUUUGGUGUUUUGGGAAUAUGAGGAUUUACAUUGAGAGAGGAAAUUGUAUUGUUUUGUGAAAUUUGCACCAUGUGACUGAAGAGCUGGGUUUCAUUGACGGAUUCAAGACAUAAUGGGGGGUGAGGGCCUUUGGGACCCAGUUGCACUUAUGGGACCAGUUAACUGCAUUAUGGGGUGGGGGAAUAGGGGGAUGUUUCUGGGUUUAGCAUUCAAAUAGUUGGUCAAGCUUAAUUUGCAAUCCUCUGGAUAAUAGAAUUGUGGUGACUCUGGCUUUCCACAUGCCUGUGGAGGUGAGAUGCUGUCCCUUGGAUUUGAUUAAGCCCAGGCAGUGGAACUGGAACCUGCAAGAUACUGUAGAAUGAUGCAAGCACUACAAAAAGAGGCUGUCCAGAUUAUUCUCUACAGGGAGGAGGGUGAGACAUUCUUACACACAGCAGUUGACUUUAUGUAUAGUACAGAGAAAAAUGGGCAAGCCUCAUAAGAUUAGCAGAGCUACCACUGGUUAUUGGUAUGCCUUCCGGCCAGUUCUUCUACUACAGUUGUAAUAAAGCGACUUCUGUGUAGCUGGAGCAUAUACCGUAUUGGUGAUGUUCAAAAGAGAGGACCUAUAGAAUGGGGAAACACCGUGCUAUGUGGAAGUUAUAUACCAAAGGUAGCACAAGGAGAUGUGCGGUUCAGGCUGUGCAGCAUAGAUGGGUUUCUAAUUAGAGUAGUGAGGGAGAUGGGAGGAAUGGCCCCUCAGUUUCUCUAAAAUGACUUCCUGUCCCUGGGUUUUGUGUCUUGAAGCUUUUGUGCCGCUGCUUUUUAAGCACCCAAGAGCCUAAAUGAACCCGUUUGCUGUCUUUCUGGACACUUUAGGCUUUGAGUCAGGAUGAACUGGGAUUUUCGGAAAGAAGUACAAGGCAAAACUCUUUUGGACAUUUAGUGGCUUUUUUUCUUCUUCUAAGGUGCUGGCUGGCAGCAGUGCCAUAGGAAGCCCCUGCUUCUCCUCAAGCUCAAAAUCCCACAUCUGCUUGCACAUCAAUGCAGCCCUGAAAAACAGGUCGAAAAAUAGGAUUCUCUUGCUGUGAAGGUCUAAUCUGCCCUUCGCCGAACACCCCCCCUUCCUCCCCCCCCCCAGUUAAAACCAUCCAGACAAAAUAUGGAGCUGAAGUAGAAGAGGAUGGCUUAUGUAUUUGCCUCUGCAGCCUCUUGAUCGCUGCUGCCACCCGGAACAGGCCCACAGGUAGCAAGAUUGUUGAUAAAGAGGAGGGGGCCAGAAACACGAGUGGCUUAUGCUGCGUAUAUUGAUGCCAUCGGUGUCACCCCAACUACAAUUUUUGCAUCCCCCCCCAAUCUAAUUCAGUGCGGACACACAAGAAGAAGCACCGAGGCACUUGCACUUCCUGUCUUUCACACCUGUAUCAAGUACAAAGCUAGGAUCUAGUUCGGUGAGACAAUUCUUCGUUUACUUCCCCUGAAAUGCAUCAUCAUCUUGCAUUUGUGCUCUCAGGGAUGUAGGAAAUCACCACUCUUAUAUGUGUGUGUGUGUGUGUGUGUGUUUUUUAAUUCACUGGGAAGGCAUGAAUGUGUAUAACAAACCUGAACAACAUAUUGAACCAGCUUUUGCUUGCUCUUUGUAGGGAGUGUGCCCUGCUAAAGCUGUGUGGCUGUUAAAAAUCUCCACUAAUUAAAAUGCCCCACCCUCUCCCUGACUACCCCCACCCCCCUUAGCCAGAACCAAGAACUGAUACUGUAGAGCACAGAAAGGGUUUUUCUUUUUCUUUUUGGAAACGCAAUAUGUAUUUGUGUGCUUGUGUGUUUUUUUGCUGUUAAUUUUUUUCAUCAACCACUUUAUAAUGUAUUUUUUAACUUAUUGUUUUGUAAUGUCUUGUUUUUUUAAGUAUUGCUGCUACCCUUGUUAUUCUUCUCACCAUUUUUAAUUGCAGAUUUUAUUUUGUGGAGAAGUUGUACACUAAUUUUUUCCAUUUUAUGUCUUAAAUCAAAGUAUUUAAAGAAAUACUAGUUCUAUUUAAUGUGGUAAUGGAGCCAGCUGGAAUAAACAGUGAUUGUAUAGUAGGCUGGGCCCAGGAGGUCAUGUUCAUUUUUUGUUACAUAUGCAAUAAACUCACAACUUUAAAUUCA